AUGCUGCUAGUAGAGCCGCGAGAAGCCGCCGGGCCUCCCUGCGCGGCACCGAUCCAUCUCUCCAUGUCCACUGCCGCAAAACUUCACUUCUCAGACUACAGUGCUAAAGUGAAACCUUAUGAAAACAGUGAAACGGACAGCAGGUUGCACUACGACCAAGCGUCGAACGCGGCCAGAUUAGGUUACGAACUACCAGUGAAUAAUUGCAACAAGUUGCAGUACGAGCAGGGCAGGCUGUCCUUUGAUCCCGCCGUCGAGAGCGUUUGCACUGACUCGUCCUACAUAUUACCUGCAGGAGGCUACACGACGGGCGGCCCCCGCGACGGCGGCGGCGGCUACUACGGCGAGAGUGGCGGCCCACCCCCGGCACCCACGGCGUCGUCACCCCUCGAGGAGUUCUACCCCCCGGAGUACCCGCCCCCCGCGGCCCCCGCCCAGCCCUACCUCGACGACUACUAUCACCACGCUCAUGCGCACACGCAGCCCCUCAUAGCGCACGAACACAAAUACCAGCCACACUCCUACACUAAGCCCUAUCCUAGAACGACUGGCGCGCGUUACGGCGAGGUGUACGGCGAGGCGUAUCCGGAGUACGGCGGCGCGUGCGCAGAGUGGGGUGAAUGGGCGAACGAGCAGCAUCCACUGCCCCAAGAUAAGCUGACAUAUCCCGCGGCCGGACCUUGUUUCACCGGGUCAGGUCCCAUCCAGUUGUGGCAGUUCCUGCUCGAGCUGCUCACGGACAAAAGCUGUCAAGGAUUCAUCUCGUGGACCGGAGACGGAUGGGAAUUCAAGCUCACCGAUCCCGAUGAGGUGGCGCGGCGAUGGGGCAUCCGCAAGAACAAGCCCAAGAUGAACUACGAGAAGUUAUCCCGCGGCCUUCGCUACUACUACGACAAGAACAUCAUCCACAAGACGGCGGGAAAGCGAUACGUCUACCGCUUCGUGUGUGACCUGCAGAGUCUGCUCGGGAUUUCGCCAGAGCAGCUGCACGCGAUGUACGAGCCCAAGAUGGAGAAGAAGGACGACGACUGA